UGUCAAGCAAAAACUAUUUAGAAGUUUGAUUUCUUCCUGUGGCGUGAAAUUUUGUUGUUUUUAUAGUUUCAAAAUAUUUUAUUACUCACAACAACUUAUUAUUAAAUCAUGGAAGUUAAAGAAUGUAGCGAUUUGACAGAAGAGAAUCAAUUCAUCGUUGACGAUGUGAGUAAAAUUAUAAAAGAAGCCAUCGAAAAUUCCAUCGGAGGCACAGCGUAUCAACAUAAUAAAGUUAACCAGUGGACAUCGGCAGUGGUGGAGUCUUGCUUGAGCCAGCUAACAAAGUUACAAAAACCUUAUAAAUAUAUAGUCACCUGUACAAUUAUGCAGAAGAAUGGUGCUGGACUUCACACAGCCUCUUCAUGCUUUUGGGACAACAAUACUGAUGGAUCUUGCACUGUGCGUUGGGAAAACAAGACUAUGUACUGCAUUGUCUCUGUCUUUGGUCUCGGCAUAUAACAUAUUGCACACUUAUAUAUCAAUCACAAACGUUCAAAAACAUAGAUUUUGAGUAAAAGCAUGUUGUACAUAAAUUGCUGCUUAUCACUACAGCUCAAUUAAAAAAAAAGU